UUGACUGAAAUAUAUAUUCACAUCCUAAAAUAUGAAUAUUUACAUAAACAAUAAUAUCUACAUAAAUGCUUGGAUGUUGGAUUCGUUUAUGGAUUUUGCUAUACUAUCAUCAUCUAUAUAAAUGUAUUAAGUAUAUAUGAUGUACACCAAGCCAAAGGCAGCAAAAGAAAUAUGGCAAUUGUAUCAUCUGCAGUUAAGGCAUCAGCAAAUGCUGGAUUGCUGGUAGUAGCAAUAGGAGGGCUAUUAGAAAUCUGGCUGGCUGUCGCAACCCCACGCAUAGCAAAGCCAGGGUGUGAAGAUCGGUGUGGAAAUGUAAGCAUUCCUUAUCCUUUUGGCAUUGGACCUAACUGCUACCACAAUCCUUGGUUCGACGUCGAGUGCUGGCUUGAGUCAGAUGGGUUCCUAAUGAAGUGGACAACUGAACUGGACUUUAUCAUUUCAGGCUCACAAAUAAACUGGGAUCCUGUAAAAGGAGAACGAACAUUUGUUACAACAAAUCCUUGUCAUGGAUUUUGCAUAUCUCGGGAAUCUGAUGACACAUCACAUUUGAUGGAAAAGCCUUCAUAUAAUUUGACAGGAAGCCCGUUUCUGUUCUCAAGGAAGCGCAAUGUUCUACUGGUAUCUGGUUGUGGAGGUGGUGUACUUUUGCGAAAUAAGAAUAUGCAGACAGUGGCUGGAUGUGCAGCAGUUUGCAUAAAUAGAUCAGCACCAGGAAAGGAGUGCUAUGGUGUAGGAUGUUGUCAAACUACGUUUUCAUACUCAAUUGAUUAUUAUGAUUUCGAGUUUGUUAACAUGGCUCUGGCAAGGCCAACCAAUGAUUUAUCCUAUUCCUCACCCUGCACUUAUGCAGUCUUGGUGGAUAGUACUUGGAUCAUCAACAAGAGUAAAGAUAUUAAUUUCUCGAAUUAUGACAAUGAGAUAUGUGGUCAAGGUGAAGCCAAUGUUGUAUUGGAGUGGACUGUGACAGACUUACCCAUCCAAUCACCCAGCUAUGCCAAUUCUAGUUGUGUUUAUAAAACUGCGAGUGUGGAUGAUGCUGGAGGAUAUAUCUGUCGAUGCAGAGAAGAGUUCUUUGAAGGCAAUCCUUAUCUUCCUUAUGGCUGUCAAGUUGUUAGCGAAUGCGAGGACUGUGUACAAGAGUGCAUCUCCCUGGGAAAUCAUACCUUUGGUUGUCCUCAAAAGGCAGAAAAGGUGAACACAACAUCAAUAGCACUUGGACUUGGGCUAGGUAUAAGCUUUGUAGUAUUCCUUGUACUAUUUGGCGUAUAUUGGUUGUACCAUAUGUUAAAACGAAGAAGGAACAUUAGACUCAAAGCUAUGUACUUUGAGAAAAAUGGUGGUUUAUUAUUGAAGCAACAACUGCCUUCUGAAGAAGGUGAUAAUAUUUUCACUUCAGAUGAGCUUGAAAAGGCAACUGACCAGUAUAACGAGGAUCGAGUACUAGGCCAAGGAGGACAAGGUACAGUUUACAAAGGUAUGUUAAGCGAUGGAAAGAUCGUUGCUAUAAAGAAGUCGAAAAUCGUAGAUGAAAGCCAAUUGAGUGUCUUCAUUAACGAAGUUGUGAUUUUAUCACAAAUAAAUCAUAGGAAUGUUGUUAGACUUCUAGGGUGUUGCUUGGAAACAGAGGUUCCUAUGUUGGUUUACGAGUAUGUGCCAAAUGGUACUCUUUCUGAAAGUAUUCAUGGUUUGAAAGAAGACUUCCCAAUCACUUGGGAAAUGCGCUUACAAAUAGGUACAAAUAUAGCGAAUGCUCUUUCAUACUUGCAUUCAUCAUAUUUAAUACCUAUAUAUCAUAGAGACAUCAAAUCUUCCAAUAUCCUUUUAGAUACUAAUUACAGAGCUAAAUUAUCAGAUUUUGGGAUAUCGAAAGCAUUGGGUAUUGAUCAAACACAUAUAACAACUCAGGUUGUUGGUACAUUUGGCUAUUUGGAUCCAGAGUACUUUCAAUCGAACCAGUUCACAGAUAAGAGUGAUGUCUAUAGCUUUGGAGUUGUACUUGUUGAGCUUCUAAGUGGGCAGAAGGCGAUACGUGUGAUUGAUGAUGAAGAAAGAGGUCUUGUAGCAUGGUUUCUUGGACAUAUGGAAGAUUCUUCACUCUAUGACAUAUUAGAUGCUCGGGUUAUAAGAGAAGGUGAAGAAGAUGAGAUAAUGAUGGUUGCUCAUCUCGCGAAAAGGUGUGUGAACUUGGAUGGAAAAAGAAGGCCAACAAUGAAAGAAGUUGCAGCUGAAUUAGAGACUGUAAGGUCAUCUCUGCAACAUGGAUUGACAAGGAACCAGUCGGUCUUAAGCAAUGACUAUGAUCAUGAUCAAUUGCCAUCUCUUUGGAUUGACAGCACUACAUGAUAGAGUAUAAAUCUAUUCAUGGAGCCUCAACCGUCAGCUUAAGCUCUUGAUACCAUGUCAAAGGACCAACUCAACCAAAAAUUUAAGUUGAUAAUUGAAGUUCCAGAAAUAGUUUAAUACUCUAUCAUGUAUUAUGUAGCUUGCAUUCAGUUGAAGUGAAUUAAUACCUAGGAGAUAUGCUCUUUAUUUAUUUUUUUGCAUUAAUGCUUGCAUAGUUGUAUAAUAGUGUAAAAUGAACCUACAUGUUAUCAUUAUAUGAGUUUAUAUACCAAGGAUGUCUUGGCCUAGUGGUUAAGAUUGAGGUGCUGUGAACGAUAGGUCACAGGUUCAAUUCACCCCUCCCCUUCUUUGUACUUUGUACCGCCUUCGUGGCUCAUAUGGAUCA